GUGCUAUAUAAACACCGCUCGCUGCCCCUGGCUUGUCACACACAGCCCCCCGUACACACACAUACACACAUACACACACUGGGAGCGACUGGUAUAGGUACCCGGGGCAGAGAGAGGGAGAGCAGUCUGAGUUUGAGAGAGAGAGCGAGAGAGAGGAAAAGAGAGAGAGAGCGCGCAUCUCCAAACAGCUCCGGUGUACCGUAUCUCCCGCGCGCACCACUGCACCCGACACGGCGACUUUUAACGGAUUUUAAAACGUUUCCCAACAACUGGUUUUAUCCCUAUCUGGUGUUUCUGGCGGGAGACCUGGGACUAAACUCAGAAGGGUUUUGCGUUUUUCUGGGUGACACGCGAUCCUUGGAAGACUUUUUGAACUAUUUUUCUUUUCUUCAAAAUUUUCUCCAAAUCUAUUCUUUCCAUUUCAAGAGGUUUUAAGAGUAAAGCCCCCCCUUUUUACUUCACCGGGACGUGCUUCAGAAGCCCCUCUUUUCACCUUUUCCACGUGUAUCCACGGACGCGCACACACACACACACACACACACACACACACACACACACACACACCACACACACACACACACACACACACACACACACACACACACACAUGUAUACAUAGUAAGUCGGCGACCUCUAGUCCAUGCGCUCCACCUCCACUCUCUCGCGUUGAUACCCCCUUUCAUGUCUCCGGGUCAGCGACCUCCAACCCUUCGCGGGGAGGUCAACAUGAGAUGUCCAGCGGCAGGUCAAAUCCCGGUCUGGAUGGUGUCUUGUUUUCAGGAGCGCAAAACGCACUGAAGCACCAAGUUUAGCCGCUCGAUCAUCCCCACUGUUCGCAUCGCGUUGUUGUUGUCGCCGUCGACUCCCGAGGUCUGACAUCGAGGGCAGAAACACGGGACGCCUUGGAGGCAUGUGGAACAUUGAAGCCUCAUAAGAACCCUCUUUCAUUUUGCCCCUUCUUUUACGCACAGAAAAAAAAAAAGACGCUCUGUGCGAUUUGAAGAGUUUUUUGGACUCUUUCGCGCCAUUCAUUCUGGAGGCUGGGCACACACCGCUGCCUCUAUUCCGCCGCGAACCCCCCCACUCUCCUCUCUAUCGCCCGAGGGGACCCCCCGACCGUAUCCUCUUCUCCUUGAUCAUCAUCCUCUAACCAAGAGGAUCCAUCGAUCCUCUCCAUCAGCCGAGACACUUGAACAUUUACCCCGGGCUGAGAGCCCUAGAGUUCUCUCCAUCCUCCAUCCACCCCCCCACACCAUCACCAUCAUCAUGCUGUUUGAAACUUUCGACAUCGUGUCGGUGCUCGCGACCCUGGCCGCGUGCCUGGUGUCCAUGGCUCUGCUGCUGCUCGUGUCCCAGCAGCUGUGGCAGCUCCGGUGGACGGCCACGCGGGACAAGAACUGCAAGCUGCCCAUGCCAAAGGGCUCCAUGGGGUUCCCCGUCAUCGGCGAGACCUGCCACUGGCUCUUCCAGGGCUCGGGUUUCCACGCCUCCAGACGGCAGAAGUACGGCAACGUGUUCAAGACCCACCUGCUGGGGCGCCCGCUGAUCCGCGUGACGGGAGCCGAGAACGUCCGCAAAGUCCUGAUGGGCGAACACACGCUGGUGACGGUGGACUGGCCCCAGAGCACCGCCACCCUGCUCGGGCCCAACUCUCUGGCCAACAGCAUCGGGGACAUCCACCGCAAGAGGAGGAAGGUAAAGACACCUUCUGCUGGUACUCACACACACGUUCACUACACACAUCCACCGCAAGAGGCGGAAGGUACCCACAAACUGGCCCGACUCAAGCUAUACUCACACACACAUUCCCUACACACACAUACACACAUUCUCUGUCUGCCUAAUGUGUGUGUGUGUGUGCACAAGAUCCCCAGCCAGAGCCCCACAGAGAGGCCCACCUCCCCGCCGGCACGUCCCAGGAGAGGUGCUCUGACCGGGGCAAGGAGAGAGUGA